AGGAAUCGAGACAGUGUCGUAAUUUGAAAAAACUUUCAUCAAUACUCGUUUUUCCGCAAUGCGUGCGUUUCUCCUGAAAUUGAACUACGGUCUCCAAGACCUUUCAUACAUGGAGUUGAACGGACGUGGGGCGAAAGGCGGUGGCUCAAGAAGAUGCGGUGCAAAUCCGAGUCAAAUGCUGAAGGUUUCGUGUUAUUUUGAAAAGUUUGAAAACAAGUGUGUUGCAGAGGGGAUGCAGUUUCGACUACAUGUUCACAAAGAGAAAAAUGGGGUGAAACUUGGUCCGGUUUGUUCCAAGCAGUCCAGAUUGGAGUUGAUUUUCUCCAUCUAUCAGUGCCCAAGCGAGGACUUCAUACUAACUGUGGUUGGAACUGUGAAGCAACGCUUCGGGCUGUAUCUACUCGUCAACAAUAACGUUUUGCGACUUGAUAAAAAAUUCAUGUGUAUUCUGAGACAUGGGGACAUCAUCCAAGGAUUUUUCUUCAAAAUUCCUACCUUCAGGAUCAUGUUCCUCCUAAAUGGCGGUCGCAUUCGCAGAGAAACGCAGACUUCGCUCCUUCUGUCUUGUCCUCGGCUGGUUCUCGAAAAUAUUACGAGAUUUCUGACACCAUUCGAAAUGAUGCGAGACGUAGUUCCAGUGUGUCGGCAGUUUUUUCACUUGAUGAGGGAUGGAAGCAGCAGUUGGACACACAUGAAGUUUUUUCUUCAGGAUGCAAUGCAAUAUCCGCCCUUUGGGCACUUGGAUGAUUUGUGCAAUGUAGUUUAUAAGUUGAAGAAACUCCAUCUCAAUCAUGCUAUACUACAUGACAUGGAAAGUUUAAUGUCCAAGUUGUCAUUGCUGCGGGACCCGUUUUUGCUGCAGUUUCCUGACUUUCUGGGUUCUGGUGUGCUUUCAAGUCUUCACACCUAUCAGUUGCCGGUGAAAUUGGAUGCAGCAGUUGAAAUCACUGUUGCUGGAAGACGCCUCACCAAUCGCAGCAGGUCGUCAUUUUCCAUUGAUGCCCUCAUUGGAACACCUUUGGAUCAGGAAUGUCGACAAACAAUCCUCGAUAGAACCUACGCAACAAGUUCUACAAGCACUCCAAGUCUUCAAUACAAGUUCAAGGGAGUGGCUAGGAAAUCUGAAAUUCGUUUCAGCGGACGUCACGAAACCAUCGCCAGAAAUCUGGGAGGAGUUUUCAAAGAACUUCGGUCCUGCUCCAAAUUGAGAGGGUUGAUUCUGAGUGUGCCAGAUGAUCUCCCCUUGGAAACUCUUGCCCAGUUGUCACAGCCGUUGGAGUUCAUUGCGUUCCCGGGAACCAAACUCAUCAGGGCAUGGUCUGUACUACGUCAAAUCAGUCACUGUAAGGACUCUCUGGAGGAUCUUUGGAUUGAAGUGCGUAACCUCAAGGAAGUGACGAAAAUUCUCCGAGCCUUGAAGGCGUUCAAGCGACUGAAGAAUGUCGUUGUGUUGUCGAAAAAUUUGCUGGGAACCGGUGAAGGGUUGCUGGAAACUAUACGAGACUGCUUUGGGCCAGGGUCUGCCUUGCAUCAAGCGACUAUUGUUUGUGAAGUGGGAGUGGACCGUCGUCACAAGUACAUUGCCUGUGACGUCCAAAAACGAAGGAAGUCCGAUUUCUCAUCAACAUUUGUCACGAGAUUCUACUCCGAAUGGUUUCGCUUUCUGCCUAAUAAGUACGUGCAGGGUGAGCUUCAGGUAUUUGAGGCGAUUUCGGCCAUCUUCAGUACACAGCAUUAAUGAAUCGCAACAGUUCCGUGACUUCUGUCAUCCUUAUUCAUUUUUCUAAGCACUCUAUACUGACUGCUCUCAGCUAUCAGACAAAUUCAUGAUGAUUCGUGGAAAUGUGCUGAUACUGUACUUACAUAAACCCCUUCUUUUUUAAUUACUUUCCAAGAAAAAAAUGCAAUUGCGGUGGAUACCUCUUUUUCACUACAUUUUGGUCAGCUUUUUUAUUCGAUUGAAGAUUGUCAUGAGUGUUGUGUUCGGAAAAUACAAGAAGACUUCUUGAGACGUGAA